AUGAGUCUUAAUUAUUACUGGGGCCAGUACAUCAAGCGAUUGGAAGAAUACCUCGAUGGAUCUCCAAUCAAGCCAUACUUGGAAACGGCGGAAAAUAAAUUCAAGAUCAAAAAACGACACAUGGUUCUUGCAGUCGGCUUGACGAUCGUCUGCACAACCAUGCACCUGAUGGCGCCGCUAGUUGUCUCCCUCAUGGCAUUUUGCUACCCAGCGAUCAAGUCAAUCAAGUCGCUCGAAUCUGGCGAUCCCGAAAUGACCAAGAAGUGGCUCACCUACUGGAUCGUCUACGGCACCUUUUCUGUUGCCGAAGUGUUCGUCGAUAUUUUGCUCUCCUGGUUCCCGAUGUACUUCCUCGUCAAAAUGAUCUUCUUGAUCUGGUGCAUGUCUCCGACUGAAUACAAUGGAUCCAUCGUUGUCUACCGAUCUGUCAUCCUCCCUCUUUUCAUGCAACACGAAGGAAAACUGAACGAAUUGAAUAACAAGUUGGUCGAAGCGGCUCAGGAAGCAAAGGACAUCGCCGUUGACGAGUUCACCAAGGCUCAUGUUGAUUCUGUCCGAGAGCAAAUCGCCUCCAAACUCGAAUAG